AUGAGUGCGUUUAAAAAAGGUAAACCGAAAUCUAUCGAUGUUGAAUAUACAACAAAGGAUUUACCUAUGUUGCGUAGAAAACGAACUAUUGCUCAUAAUCGCUUACAAAAGGCGUUGGAACUCGGAAAUUUAUCAUUAACGGAUCAUUCUCAACGUGACAUGUUUCUAUCUUAUUACCAAGAAAUAAAAGAUAUUGCAGCAACUUUUGAACAUGCGCAUCUUAAUAUUUUACAAAUUUUAGAACCUUCAGAUUCUGAUGACCUUGAUGACACUUAUGAACGAUUCGACGAGAUGUAUUAUAAUGUAUUAGCUAUCCAUCGGUCAAUAACACGGGGACAAUCGGAAAGUUCAUCACGCGUUUCUUCUAAUUCGAAUAUUCGGUUACCAAAAAUCGUACUUCCUCAUUUUUCUGGUGACAUAAAACGGUGGCCUGAGUAUUUUGAUACUUUUAAUGAAUUGAUUCACAAUUGCUCUUCCUUAAGCGAUAUCGAAAAGUUUCAUUAUUUGACUUCAUCUUUGAGCGGUGAAGCGUUGUUCGUUGUGAAGGCGUUCCCUCUCUCACACGAACAUUACGAGCAUGCGUAUCAAGCGCUCAUCGCUCGGUAUAAAUGUAAACGCGCCCUAACAUUUACAUGUUGGAAGGAUCUUUUAGCUAUUGAGUUUAAAUGUACUAACGGAAUUGAAUUUAGAAAAUCGCUAGAUUUAUUUGAAGAAAAUUUAAGUAUUUUAAAAACUGCUGAGUUACCUAUUCAACAUUGGGAUUUUAUUUUGGUUUAUCACAUACUAUCGAAACUUGAUUCAACCUUACGUCGUGGUUUUGAGGAAAAAUAUUCAGAUGUUGACCUCCCUACAUAUAAACAAUUAAUUGGUUUUCUUAGAACUAAAUGUGAGGCUUUGUUGCGCGAUACACAUUUUACUGAAAAUAAACUGAGUAAACAGGUCAUCAAGCCUACUUCAUCGACACCUUUUCAAAAACCUUUCAACAAAACGAAUGCCUUGAUAGCUUCAGCUGACGUACAACAAAAUAGUAAAAAUGUUGCCGUAUCGAAUAAAUGUCCUUUUUGCGCGCAGACGCAUACGAUCUUAUCUUGUUCUGAAUUUCUUAAAAAACCCGUAGAAGAACGUAUCAAAAUAACCACCGAGAAGAAUUGGUGUUACAACUGUCUUAAGUCGUCUCAUCAAUUAAAAAACUGCAAUUCCGUUUUUUCGUGCCGUGUUUGCAAACGUAAGCAUCACAGCCUACUCCACCGUGAGAAAGCUAUCGAAAACAAUAAUACGUCGUCGUUAGUGACAAACUCUAAAUCUAAUACUGCAGUUUUACUUGCAACUGCGAUUGUGCAGGUCAAGGAUGCGUCCGGAUGUAUGCAAUCGUUUCGAGCCUUGUUCGACAGUGGAAGUCAAAAUAACUUUAUAACCACAGCAGCAGUAAAUCGUUUGCAACUGCAAAUAUUUCCAUCCUCUUCUCACAUAAGCGGUAUAGGUGAAACACAGACUUCAAUCGUAGGGCAUGUUCGUUGUCAGAUCGGUCAUCAUGAUAAAAUUCUAUUCAACUUAGAUAUGCAUGUCAUUGAUUCAAUUUGUGGGGACCAACCCAUCGCUAAAUUAAAAACAACCGAGUGGUCUCAUAUCGAAUCAUUACCUUUGGCAGAUCCAGGAUUCGAUAUCCCUGGUCCGAUUGAUAUUUUGUUUGCUGCGGAUGUAUUUACCGAAUCGUUACUGAAUAAAACAAUUAAAGGUGGUCCUAAUCAACCUACCGCAUUUAAUUCCGUCUUUGGCUGGCUACUGCUUGGCAAAUCACAGCUAGCCUCCUAUUCAUUGUUAAAUAAAUCAUUGCAAGAUGACAAUGAAUUAAAUUCAUUAGUUAAGCAGUUUUGGGAACUGGACUCAUUACCACAAGCGUCAUCCUUAACUCCAGAAGAAUCAUUGUGCGAGCAUAAAUUCAAAACAACUCAUGCAAGAGAUAGAUCGGGCCGAUAUAUCGUGACGUUACCGUUUAAACAUGAUUCGGAGCCAACCUUUGAGGGUUCUCGUGAUGUUGCUUUACGACGAUUCAAUGCGAUCGAACGGAGGCUUUCUCGUGAUCCAGAAUUGCGUCGUCAAUACUCCGAAUUUAUGGAAGAGUAUCAACACAGUGGCCAUAUGUCGCUCGUUCCCAUAGACGAAAUGGGGAGAGGUAAAUAUUACAUCCCUCAUCAUUGCGUUUUGCGUCCUGAUUCUGUAACUACUCGUCUCCGUGUUGUUUUUGACGCUUCAGCUAGGGAUCUCCGUUCUCGUUCUCUAAAUGAUUCACAGCUUAUCGGUCCAAAAUUACAACCAAAUCUUUUGGAAAUUCUAUUGCGUUUUAGAGAACAUGAAAUCGUAUUUAUCGCUGAUGUUCGCGCCAUGUAUCGUCAAAUCCUAAUAUCACCUGAACACCGCGACUAUCAGCGUAUUCUUUGGAGAUUUUCCCCUGCCGACCCACUUCGUGAGUAUCGCCUAAAUACAGUAACCUAUGGAGUCUCUUCAUCUCCUUUCCUUGCUUGUCGCACGGUCAGACAGCUUGCUGAGGAUUCAGGUGAUGGAUUUCCUUUGGCAAAACAAAUCGCGCUCUCUGAUGUAUAUAUUGAUGACGUUAUUAGUGGCCAAUCUUCAUUGGACGAAGCUCUAGAAGCUAAAUCGCAAAUUAUUGCUCUUUUUGAGUUGGGGUGUUUUCAUCUCCGCAAAUGGAUGAGUAACGACCCACAAUUAUUAGCUGAUCUGCCUCCGGAGGAUUGUUUAACUGAAUCGGUUUCUUUUGAUGAUUCUGAAACUCUUGCUUUGAAAGUUCUUGGUUUGAAAUGGGAUCCUAAAUCAGAUGCAUUUUUGUUUGAAGUUAAACCAUCAAGCCAGUCGUGUACCAAACGAUCAAUUCUUAGUGAAAUCGCGCGAAUCUUUGAUCCUCUGGGAUUUUUAUCUCCUAUUACGAUAAAGGCAAAAUGUCUCAUCCAAAGAUUGUGGAUACUUGGCGUCGGGUGGGAUCAGACUCCCCCUGAAGAGAUUGUUAAGAUCUGGGACAUUUAUCGAGCUAACCUUUCUUGUCUAGCUGAUGUCAAGAUUCCUCGAAAAAUCACUAGUUCGAUUGCUACCUCAUACGAACUUCACGGAUUUUGUGAUAGUUCCGAAAUCGCUAAUCAACUGUCAGCUCUUAUGGAGAGGGCUUCUGUUGCUGAGAAAAUUGAUUUUAAAUUUAACCCGCCCUCGGCACCUCACUUCGGUGGCGUUUGGGAAAUCCAGAUUAAAGCUGCAAAAUCACACUUAUAUCGAGUUGUAGGCGAUCAAGUACUCACCUUUGAAGAAUUGACCACACUCUUCGUUCAGAUCGAGUCAAUUCUGAAUUCGCGUCCGUUAUAUCCCCUCAGUUCUGAUCCUAACGAUCUGACUGUGCUCACGCCCGGACAUUUUCUCACCCUAGAACCUUUAACUGCUGUCCCCGAUGAGGAUCACACUAACACUAAACUUCAUCGGCUUAAUCGGUGGCAGCUGUUACAAUCUUUUCAUCAGAAUUUCUGGUCUAGAUGGAAACAUGAGUACCUUAAUUCAUUGACCGAACGCGCUAAAUGGACUAAAGAAUCUAAACCGUUAUCAGUGGGUUCAUUGGUGAUAAUUAAAGAUGAUAAUCGUAUACCACUUCAAUGGUCACUAGGUAGAGUGGUUGAUCUACACUUCGGUGCUGAUGGGAUAGCUCGAAGUGCUGUUGUUAAAACUUCGCAAAAUCAUCUGACUCAUCGUCCAUUGGUUAAGUUAUGCCCUCUUCCAAUCGAACAAUAA